GCAAAAAGGGUAGGAGCUAAAGAUAAAAAAGGGAUGUGGCCCAGAUCCUUUUGCAAUAACCCUUCCAGCAAACUUCUGCUUCUCCUCCUAGGCAUUUCCAAGCAGGACGCUGGUGUGUCCUGCCCCAUCUCCCCAUCUGUGCAACGAGAACCUCAAGCAGAUGCAGACCCUGUGGGCGAUGCUGAUCUGUCUGGCCGGAGGGCAGCUUGCAAGUUCCACCCUCUGCAACACCUAUGGCAGCAUCCCAGGCAUCCCAGGGUCACCAGGACGGCCUGGAAGCAACGGCAGAGAUGGGGAGAAUGGCCUAAAGGGUGACCGAGGUCCCCCCGGCCAGGUGGAUCACGAAGGAGACAUGGGGGAGAAAGGAGACCCAGGACUACCAGGGUACCCUGGGAAGGUUGGCCCCAAGGGCCCCCCUGGUUCAAAGGGAUUACCAGGUCCUAUGGGACUCCCUGGCCUUCAGGGGGAUGCUGGUGACUACAAGGCCACCCUCAAGUCCGCCUUCUCAGCUGCCAGGACCAUCAGUCCCUACCCACGCCAGGAGCAGCCCAUCCGCUUCAACCGCAUCAUCACCAACGAGAAGGGCCACUACGAGAACCGGUACGGCCGCUUCCUCUGCCGCAUCCCCGGCAUCUACUACUUCACCUACCACGUCACGUCCAGGGGCAACCUGUGCCUCAGCGUGAAGAGGGGCCGGGGUGGCAGCAGGGGCGAGAAGGUGGUGACCUUCUGUGACUACGUGCAGAGCAGCUACCAGGUCACCACGGGUGCUGUGGUCCUCAAGUUGGCAGCCAACGAGUCCAUCUGGCUGGAGCCAACGGAGAAGAACUCCCUGGUGGGGAUAGAAGGCUCCGACAGCAUCUUCUCUGGCUUCCUCAUCUUCCCCGAUGCUUAGCCUCUUGAAGGUGCUCUGCAUCCUUUCUCCUGUAGCUGGCUGAUCCCUGCAGGGCUCAGGACUCCCCUGGAAAUCUGAAUCUUUGCUCCAGAUUUAGGGCCUUAAAGUACGUAGCUGCUGCUCUUGCACAUUAAAUGACAGCUCUUUGUGCUGCUGAUUCCUUC